AUGGAGUUAUCGCCUGUCACUGAGCGCAACGCGACUACAAUGCCUGCGUUUUCGUAUUAUUCUACUACUCUGUUGGGCAACGUCAAUAAUGAAACCGUCAUUACCGGGCUGCUAAUAGGACUGGUCAUUGGUAUUGCGAUCCUGGUCCUAUUCGUCGGCAUACUUCUCGUCGUGUUUCUUCUUGACAAGUUCAGACCUCGAAACAGCCCAACUCUUCCUACCACCAUCGCGCAACCGCAGGUCGCAGACUAUGCCGGCAACAAGCCCGAUCCGUACAUGAGCGCCACCUAUGAGAUGUCGCCGCGUCAGCAACCCACCAUAUCAGUUCGACCACCGUCAGACAUCCAUCCAGCGUUACGAGAUGUUGACCCGCAAGAAAGCCACCCGGAGUCGACGGCCCAAAAUGUCAACCAGAUUCCAGUGCCACGAUCUCUGACGCCAGGCGAGUGGGGUAAACCGCCUCGGCCGCCCCCUCGGGCUCGUUGA